AAUAGAAAUACACAAGAUAGCACACUUUUUCGAUAAUCGAUAUUGAUUUAUAAUUUUUAUACCUUUGUUAAUGUAUACUUACCUUUGACAAUGCAAAUAUCGAAAUGACCUUAAUUAUACCGUUAUAAUUAACUUACCUCGUUAAAUGCACUCGUACCUUUGAUAAUAGACAAGUUUGAUUGAUAUUAAUGAUUAUUGUACCUUUUACAAUACAUUCUUACCUUUGGUAAUGCAUACAGUGAUUAACCUUAAAUUUUCCAUGAUUAAUGAUGUAAUGCAAUUAAAUAAGGUUAUUGCCUCGCAUUCACUUAUUUUUAACUUUAAUCUUCAAUCAAAGCAUACCUGCAAGGCAUACUGUGCUUAUCCAGAGUUAAAUAUAAGUAGAAUAAGGUCAAACUGAACUCUACCUACCUUUCAUUAUUGGGUCAUUUUAUUUUAAGUUAACAUUAUCAUUAACCUACUUUUUCACCUUAAAUACGAAAGUCUCAUUUUGGGUUGAUGCAUUUUAGUUUUAUCAUUUAACUGUGAUGGUUGAUGGUAACACAGGUUUUAUUCCUAUCAUUCACUUAGUAGCUCAUCCAGCAGGGAUUUAUGCUUAUGAAAGAUCCCGCUCAGUUAAUUCACCACGCCUUGUCACCAUAAGCGAAUCUGUUGAAAACAUGAAUGAUGCACCCGAAUUUGGUGAAUCGAUGACAAUCAUUAAUGUCACCGAACUACGACCAGUUCAACCUGUGGAAAACAAUAACAGUACUGGACAACUUUCUGAAGAACCAGUGUCAUUACAAAUGUCUGAGCUUUCACCUGUUGUGAUUCCUGAAAGUAAUGAAGUAGAUGGUAAUCAAUUGAGUCAAAGUAAUCGUGGAAAUCAUUCUGCAGCUGAAUCGAUGCCUGGCAAUGAUGUCACUGGAAUUCAUCGAGAUGGAGCAGUGGAAAACAAUAACAUUGUUGGUGGACUUUCUGAAGAGGAACGAGCAUCAUUGCAAAUGUCUGCUCUUGCAGGUGUUCCAUUUAUCGAACGUAGAAAUAUUGAUCGUAUUGAAGUUGAUGAUGGUGGUCGAAGUCAGUAUAAUCGUGAGUCAUUGAGAUCGGCAAUAAGAAAUGUAGUUGAUACAACUAUCAAUUACUUUGCGAAUCACGUGAUAGCUCGCUUCCCGCAGUAUAUGACCUUUGAAAGUCGACUUGCAACUUUUAAAGAUUGGCCAAAUCCAGCUAUUACACCAAAAGAAUUGGCUGAAGCUGGUUUCUUCUAUGCUGGAAGAACCGAUCUUGUUACUUGUUUCCACUGUGCUAAUUCAAUAUUUGAAUGGGUAAAACAUGAUAAUGCUUGGGUUAUGCAUGCACUUUUCGCACCUUGUUGUACUUUUAUUUACAUCAAGUGUGGGGUACGAUUUAUUGAAACAGCCACCAGUAGAAGUGAAUCCAACAUACCUGUAUCUGCAAAUGUUGAACCAGCAAACAGUAGAUAUACUUGUAAAAUAUGUUUGGAAAAGGAAGUCGGCUGUUGCUUCUACCCUUGUGAUCAUGCAGUAACAUGCAUAGAUUGUACACCAGGUAUCGCUACUUGUCCUCUGUGUCGCUCUUUUGUAGCAGGAGUAUUUAGACUAAAGUUUAUUGAUUAAAAAAUGUAUUAACCAUGAGAUACUUGCAAGAGAACAUUAAAGUUGUUAAUGUUGUUACUUCCUUUGAAUUGAAUUCAAAUCUUUGUAGAAAUCAAAUAAAAGAUACUUUUCAAGACAUAGAGUAUAAAAAAACAUUUCCAGGAGGUGUUCUUAAGUAUCCUGAUGGGUGUCUUCUUGUCUUUGACUCCGGAAAAAUCAUUGUAACUGGUGUUCAGAAUAUUGCAACUGCCAUUGUUUUAAUUGAUCGAUUUUGUGCAAAAUACCCUCGAGAUAUAAAGUAUACUUCUUUCAAAAUAGUUAACAUUACUGCUUGCACAAAGAUUAUUGGUGAUUUCGACUAUAACGAACUGUUACUGCAUCCAAAAAGUUCUUACACACCUGAGCUGUUUCCUGGUAUACAUCUUAAGUUGGAUGAUACAAAAGUUAUUUUCAUAAUUUUCAGAACCGGAAAAGUUAUAAUAACUGGUUUGAAGGACUAUAAAUCAAUAUUUCAUUAUUGUGAUGAAUUUGACUACAAUAUAAGGUUGAAGUCAAUAUAAAGACAACAUUUAUCAUAAAAUAAAAUUAUUAAAAAAUUGGAGAAAUGGAUGUAUCAGCUAAUCAGCAAAUUUGGUUUAAAAAAGUUCUCUUUUCUGUACAAUUGUUCGUAUUAGUUGCAAUGCUGUUCACAGCUAUAGCUAAUAUUAUACUAAAAACUGGUAAUUUAUCGCUCUGGACGGCUUUACUUGGAUCAUCUUUUGGUUUCUUACUACCUACUCCAAAAUAUCCGCGAUCCCUGAAACCUGAAACUGUAAUACAGGCAGUAACAAACCCUAUACCCAUUUGAAAAUUUGAAUGUACAAUAUAAAACAAUAAAUUUUAAUUUUUUAAACAAAAUGUCCUUUUCAAUUUAUUUGAAACACCCUUUUACAAUGUUAAUAGCAGGACCAACCGGUUCUGGUAAAACUUAUUUCAUCAGGGACAUGAUCAACAAAGCAGCAUAUAUUUGUGAUCCCCCACCAAAGUCCAUUACUUAUCUUUAUGGAGAGUACCAAAAAAUGUUUAAUUCAAUGAAUGAUGUGAAAUUCAUUGAAGGACUUCAAGAAGAAGUAAUUAGUGAAAUCGGUGGUGACGAACCACAAUGGAUAGUAAUAGAUGAUUUGAUGUUGGAAGCUGUAAAUCAAACUUUUGUUAGUAACUUGUUUACUAAAGGGUCUCAUCAUAGAAAUAUUUCAGUAAUUUUAAUCACCCAAAACUUUUUCAUGAAAGGAAAAGAGAGUCGAAACAUAAGUCUCAAUAGUCAAUAUGUGGUAUGUUUUAAAAAUCCUCGGGAUAAAUCUAUGAUUACAAACAUAGGACGUCAGAUGUUUCCAACAAAAAUUAAAAAAUUUCAAGCUGUAUUUGAAGAUGCUACGCAAGAUCCAUAUUCUUACCUCUUUAUUGAUCUGAAGCCAGACACACCUGAAAAAAUAAGAUUAUUGACGAAUGUUUUUAAUGAGAAGGAGGAACCAAUGUAUGCUUAUGUAAUAUAAGUUAUAUAAAGGAAGAAUCAUUUUUUAUGUGAAAUAAAUGUCGAUUGAAGGUGUCAACAAGUGUCUUCCGACAUUAAAAAAACUUGCUAAAGCCAAGACAAGAAAACAAAGAGAAAAAAUUUUAAAGCAAACAAAAUCUUGUACUUACUACGCAAUCUCUGAAAUAAGUAAAAAUACUCUAAACGGAAAUAUACCGGUUGAAGAUUUAUUGAGAACAAAACUUGCUCCUUACAAAUUUGAACUUCGAAAGCUUUCAAGAAAAAGUAUCCCAUUGAAGAAGAGAAAAGAAAUUAUUUUACAAAGUGGUGGAGCAUUUUUACCAGCGUUACUUUGGCCAGCAAUAUCGUAUUUAGGAGGAGAAUUGGCCAAUAAAUUUAUGCAAUGAAUGUUAUAAAUAAGAUGGUUGUGAUUCCGCAAAAAGAAUAUCAUCUUCUUAAAAGUGACGUUAAAAAUUCCAAUAAUGUGACAGCUGAUGCUGAACAGGCAAAAGUUGUGAAAAUAGAAAAGGACGAAACUGAUCCUGAAAUUAAAUUAAAAGAAUAUAAAGAAAGCUUUAGAAAAGCGGUUCAAAAAUAUGAAAAGAAAUUAUCUAAAAGACCUCAAAAGGAUAACAAAGUUGUGAAAUGUCAGACACUCAAAUGGACCAACGUGAAGAACUUUUGAAACGCCUUUAUUAUGACUUGGAUAGUCACGGUAGUUUCGGAGGUGCUAAAAGACUUUUCAUAGUUGCGAAGGAGCAUGACCCAUCGAUUGAAUUUAAUGAUGUAAAACAAUGGUUGAUGAAGCAAGAAACGUAUACAAACUUUCGGGUAAGACGGAAAAACUUUCAAAGGCUAGCUGUAUUGGUUGAUAGAAUUGAUGAGCAAUGGCAAGCAGAUCUUAUGGACAUGUCUUAUUGGUCAGGACAAAACGAUGGAGUCAAUCAUUUACUUGUUGUGAUUGAUAUACUGAGUAGAUUCGCAUGGGUACAACCGUGUAGAGAUAAAUCAGGAUCUACAAUCAUCAAUGCUUUUUCUGAAAUUUUUUCUUCAGGAAGAAAGCCUGAAAAACUACAAACGGACCAAGGAAGAGAAUUCAAUAACAACAGGUUUAAGUUUUUCUGCUCGUCUCAGGGUGUACAUUAUUUCACGACAACUGACGCUUCAAUAAAAUGUGCUUUAGCUGAACGUUUAAUACGAACAUUACGUUCUCGUAUAUACCGUUUCAUUUACCAUAAACAUACACAUCGAUACAUUGAUGACUUACAAAACAUUGUUAAUAAUUACAACAACUCUUACCACAGAACUAUUAAGACAGCUCCAAACUCUGUAACACAAGAUAAUCAACAAUCCAUCGUGCAAAAUAUUCAGCGAUCAAUAAAAAA